GUUUGCUAACGUUUCGUAGAGCGGACGAUGCGAUCGUGGAGUGAUCGUUUUGGGUGUUUUUUUUUUAUCUGUGAUUUCCAGCAGCGUUCUACGAUCGUCGUGAUUUAGGUAUCGGCGAUUAAACCCUGGGCAGCCGUUGCGCUGGUACUGCACAGUGAUAAGGCGUCCCCGAGCUGCUUCAGUAGUUGGUUGCCUCUCAUCCAUCCAUCCAGCCAGCGAGCCAUCAAUGUGGUUUCGGUACAUUCCUGCCGUGACAGUGGUGCUUGCGUGAUCUCGGAUUGAAGAGUUUGUGUCUGAACGCGCAACCGUCGCUCGUCUCGUCUAGUGUCCUGCUUCAGUUUGGAGUUUAAAAAUGUUUUCCUGGAAACAGAACAUUGCCGCCUGCCUUCUGGUGGUGUUUGCGCUACAAGCGGCCUCUCAAGAUGCGCCCGAACCGGGCCAGAUCGAUCUGAAGGACAUCGAUCUGAACGAGAUACUGAAAGAUGAAAAGUUUGCCGAUAUAUUGCCACCGGAGUUCAAGAACGUUACGUUGCCCAAGCUCGAGGAUAUCCAGAAGGUAAUCAAGGAAAAGUGUUCCCGAGUGGCCGGCAGUGACGCAUCGUACGAGGAGGCCGAACAGGCGGCUCAAAAGUUCGGUGAAUGUAUGCGCGAUCUCGUCGAUUUCAGCGAUCUCCAGGAGGAGAUCAAAAAGGCCAAACCAACGGGAGACCUGGACACCGUGUUCAAUAAGUACUGCCGGAGACGUUCCGCGGCGAUCGAAUGCAUCGACACGUUCUCGAACAAGGUGGACGUUUGCCUGGAGACGGAGGAGAAGGAAAGCAAGGUCGUGAUGGUGAACAUUGUGCACGGAUUGCUUAACUUUGUUUGCCAUAAGGACGGUGACCAGAUUGCGUUGUUCAUUGCAGAGGAAGGUCCCGAGUGUUUCUCCGAUCAAAAGGAUGCGCUUGUAGAUUGUAUCAAUGGUACGUUCUCGGGAUACCUGACGGAAGAAACCACUCCAUCGUCCUCGCCAGGCGGAGUUCCGAAGCUGGUGAUGGGCAAAAAGCAAUGCGAUGAAAUGACUACCCUCCAGAACUGUAUGGUUUUAGCGCUGGAAGGUUGCAAGGAAUCGACGCCAGCCAAUCUGGUCGAGUCACUGUUCAAGUUCGUACGGCGAGAAACUCCCUGCGCCAACCUGACUGGUGAAGCUGUCCCCCGAAAGACUGGUCGUGGUAAUACGGGUACUCUAUCGCAAGCAUCGGUACACAUACUGCUAUCUACGCUGUUCAUGGCCAUGAUUGCGAAACUGUUUGUAAGAUAGGCCGCACAUACCGCCCACGGUUCAUUCCCCCUGUUCCUAUUCCUAUUGCUCAAACGGUGAUAAGCCCUCUUCGAACGAAAUACCAAGUUAGUGAUGAUACCAGGUUUAA